CCGCCAAUCGGAACCUCCUCUCUGUCAGUCAGUGGCCGCGCGUUGCUCAUGUAACAUCGUGAUAUUUUUACCUUGCGUUUAUUCUCCACAAUCCUUGGAUAAAUCUUCGAUUGCUUUGUUUUUUCCAGUAUUUACGUCGAUGAUAUCAUGAAUGAUAAAAGAGAAGAAAUAACCUUGAGACGAUUCAUAUCUACUAGAGUGGCUAGAGAAUAAGUAACAGCGGCAAAAUGUUGAUAAAAGAAUAUCGAAUACCGCUGCCUCUCACUGUAGAAGAAUAUAGAAUUGCUCAGCUUUACAUGAUAGCGAAAAAAUCUAGAGAAGAAAGUCAAGGAGCAGGCAGCGGUGUAGAAAUAAUAGUAAAUGAACCUUAUAGUAAUGGUCCAGGAGGAAAUGGACAAUAUACUCAUAAAAUUUAUCAUGUGGGCAGUCAUCUUCCAGAAUGGUUCAAGAGUUUGUUACCUAGAUCUGCGUUAAUCGCCAAGGAAGAAGCAUGGAAUGCUUAUCCUUACACAAAAACUCGUUAUACUUGUCCUUUUGUUGAAAAGUUUUCUAUUGAAAUAGAAACGUAUUAUUUUCCUGACAAUGGUUAUCAAGAAAAUGUCUUCAAGCUCAGUGGUAGUGAUUUGAGAAAUAGAAUUGUAGAUGUAAUUGACAUUGUAAAGGAUCAAUAUACAGGUGACUAUGUAAAAGAGGAGGAUCCUAAAUUGUAUGUAUCUCAGAAAACUAAUCGAGGACCUCUUACGGAAUCAUGGCUAGAAGAAUACUGGGCUGAUGUAAAAGGAAAGCAACAACCGACAUCAUCCGGAAAAUCGUUAAUGUGUGCAUACAAAUUAUGCCGCGUAGAGUUCCGUUAUUGGGGUGUACAAACCAAAUUAGAAAAGUUUAUACACGAUAUAGCUUUACGAAAAACCAUGGUUAGAGCUCAUAGACAAGCUUGGGCUUGGCAAGAUGAAUGGAAUGGUUUGACCAUGGAAAAUAUUCGAGAAAUUGAACGACAAACGCAAUUGGCAUUGCAAAAAAGGAUGGCCAACGCAGAGGGUGGUGAAGAAUCCCCGAACGACAAUCAAGAGAAGUCUGUUUCUAAUACGACGAUGACUCCUCAAGAAUCAGAUGUUGCCAUGACAUUAGCUGCCACACUUGGAAGCAUCGAGAAAAAUGAAGAUUUCCAAAGUCCCACAAGUACUAGAAAAUCAUCUGAUAUACCAAUGACAAAUACAGCUAUUAGUUCGGAGGGUGAAGUUAGUCCUGAAGAUUCGCCGACUGAAGUACCCGAGCUUAGAAAUCUUCCUGAGGAAAAAGCAGAUGCAAAGAAGUCAUGGAAGAAGAACAAAGCGGCAAUGAAUUCGCCAUGCUCGAAUAAAAGUUUUGAUAUGCAAAUAGCAAAUUGGCGCAUGGAAAGUAUCGUGAGAGAAUCCGAAUCUGAUAGUGAAGAUGAGUUUUUUGAUUGUCAAGCUGGGUUCAUUAUACCUAUUAUAUGCGAAGCAGAAGAGGAUGACAAUACGUUCACUUCGUCCACUAUGGCAAACAAAGAAGACGAUACGAUAUUUUCACCUUCAUAUCUACAACGAAUGGCUAGUGAACGUAGCAGUAAAAGAUUGCAAAUUUCUACUUCAGCCAGCAUUGAUGCCUCAUAUCCAGCUUCACCUCAACAUUCUCCAACCCAUCAACCAUGCAAAACUACUGUCCUUCUUAUUGUAAUGCAUGCAGGAAGUGUACUAGAUGCUAAUGUUGAUUUAACGGCGAAAAAAUCAGAUAUCACAACUUUCAAAGGAGCUUUCGAAUCUGUGAUGAGACAACGCUAUUCCAGUAUGGUUGGACAUGUUGCUAUUAAGUUCGUUUCCUGUCCAUCCAUUUGCACUGAAGGUCUUGGUAUUUUAUCGAGUUUAAGUCCUUAUAGUUUUGAUGUUUCACCUUCCUCUAUGGAUGCUCCUCAAAUAACACACGAUACUAUUCCAAUCGGCGCUAUACCUCUGCUUGCUAGUUCUACUUCUGAAUAUCAGGAUGCCGUCUCACGAGUUAUAGCAGGAGCGAAUCAAGUUUAUCAUGAUUUUAUCAAAAGCGAAGAAGGUCGUGGUUUUACGGGACAAAUUUGCUUUAUUGGAGAUUCAGUAGGAGCGAUUUUAACAUAUGACGCUUUGUGUAGAUCUGUUCAUUCUAGACAUAAUAGCGAAAACAAUAUUUUGGAUAAUCAGGGCAUUGAGAAUAGUAUGAACACUGAAAAUGGCAAACAUUUGACUGCACCUUCUCCUAGAAGAAAAUCUUCUAGUACAUGUGAGGGUACGCAUUCUAAAUUGGAUUUUGAUGUAGGAGAAUUUUUCAUGUUUGGUAGUCCACUUGCUCUAGUAUUAGCAUAUAGAAAAAUCUCUGCGGAUAAAUCGACUAAUAUAAAAAGACCAUUGGUGAAUCAAUUAUAUAACUUUCAUCCUACUGAUCCUGUAGCUGCUAGAUUAGAACCACUUAUUUCUGCAAGAUUUUCUCUUCUUCCGCCCGUGAAUGUAGCUCAAUAUCAAAAAUAUCCAUUAGGAAAUGGACAGCCUUAUCAUUUGUUGGAAGCUAUUCAAACGAAUCCACAAUUAUUUACGGAUGGAUUAAACAUUCCAAAUAUGUCAAUGUCCCACUUAAGACGAUUGUCCGAUAUAUCGAUUCACAGUACGAUGUCUGGUGUAGUUGAAAAUGUCCCUUUACAAGUAAUAUCAAAUUUAACACAAAAAUGGUGGGGUACAAAGAGAUUAGAUUAUGCUCUCUAUUGUCCUGAGGGUUUAGCAAAUUUCCCUACAAAUGCUUUACCUCAUCUUUUUCACGCCAGUUAUUGGGAAUCAUUUGACGUUAUUGCAUUUAUUUUACGACAAUUAGGCAGAUUUGACUUACCAUUACUUGCAAAUGAGGAGAAAGAAUUAACUUGUUUCCGUCCAGGUCAACCUAGAGAAAAGUGGAAUAAGAAACGUACUUCUGUUAAACUUAAGAAUGUUGCUGCCAAUCAUAGAGCAAAUGAUGUAAUUGUUAGAGAAGGAGCACCUCAAGUGCUGAUUGCUAGAUUUAUGUAUAGUCCAAUUGACGUUAUUGCUUUAACCGGCGAAAAAGUAGAUAUUCAUAUUAUGAAGGAUGCUCCUGCAGGAGAAUGGACAUAUUUAUCAACUGAAAUAACUGAUAAGAAUGGUAGAAUAACAUAUAAAAUACCUGAUGAUAAAGCAUUAGGAUAUGGUCUUUAUCCAGUUAAAAUGAUUGUUAGAGGUGAUCAUACAUUCGUAGACUUCUUCUUGACUGUGAUUCCACCAAAAACGGAAUGCGUGGUAUUUAGUAUAGAUGGCUCAUUUACUGCGAGUAUGUCUGUAAGUGGAAAAGAUCCGAAAGUUAGAGCUGGAGCUGUUGAUAUUGUCAGGCAUUGGCAAGAAUUGGGAUACUUAAUUAUAUAUAUUACUGCAAGACCUGAUAUGCAACAACAGAAAGUUGUUUCCUGGCUGUCUCAGCACAACUUUCCUCAUGGCCUUGUAUCUUUUGCAGAUGGUCUUUCAACAGAUCCAUUGGGUCAUAAAGCUGCGUAUUUAAAUAAACUUGUACAGGAACAUGGUGUAAUAAUUCAUCACGCAUAUGGCAGCAGUAAAGAUAUUAGUGUUUACACUGCAAUUAACCUUAAACCAAAUCAAAUUUUCAUCAUUGGGAAAGUGUCAAAAAAAUACCAUGCUUUGGCAACUAUUCUUCACGAUGGUUAUGCUGCUCAUUUAAGUAUGCUACAGGCGCACGGAGGCUCGAGACCUGCUCAGGGUAAUGCGCGUAUGGUGAUUCCAAGAGGUCAAUUCGGUUUACCCGGACAAAACGCUUCUCUACGACGAAGAAGCUCUUUUAGGCUGGCGAAGCGUGCAAUAUCUCAACCAACUCCGAGUAAAGUGAUCUAUCCGUUGGAACGAUCAACGAGUGUUGGCCCUCCAAUUUCGUCACAGACUACAUCCACCUUCAGAUCUACGGCACCAGAGAAACUUUGACGAUUCGCACGCUGCCGGUCGUUUUUCGAGCCCCGGCAUUAGCUGUAUACAUUUAAACACUUUAAAAAUACGAGGAUAGUUCGAAGAGGAAGUCCUCGUAUAUUUCGACCGAUACGUGCUCAACAAUCUAAAGAAGAUGAUUCUACUUUGUUACUCCGCCUUUUUAUAUCCUCUCUGUAUACCUAUUGUAAAUUUUAAAAUACUAUUCGAUAUUACGAAUCCAUUGUAUAAAGUGCGAUAAAGUGUAUAGAUAGAUUUCCCUAUCUGGUGUGAAGAAGGAACUUUCUAACCGAGAAAAAAUGGUUUGAACGUACGAGGACUUUGUCUUUUAUCCCUUUUAACGUGUUAUUAUAUCAUCUACCAUUUUGAACAAUGUGAUUAAUUUUUUUUUACCGAUUUAUUACGAGAGCUUUUUUCUAGUGGUCUUUCCAACUAAGCUGAUACAGCGUCUUCUGCAAAAGAUGUGAUCGAGCACGAUCAAAAUUUUUGAUAACGUAGUUUGGAUCACGAAUUGAGUCUAGUUCCUAAAUAUAAAUCGACAUCUUAGAAGAUAGAGAUCUCCUAGAAAAAAAGCGCUAUUUUUUUUAACAUUUUUUUUCAUUAUUUAAAAUUUUAAUUGAUUGCAUGAUUUUAUUUUUCGAUCGAGUUUCAAAAAUGUAUCCUACGAACUGUGUGUAUGUACAAUCAUGUUUUAUCUAAUUGAACUAUAUCAUUAUUCUAAUCAUAGUUCGUAAGAUAUAAAUAAAAGAAAGAAAGAAGGACAGAUCGGAUUGAUUGAAAUUGUUACCUGAAUUUUCUUCAUUGUUGGCAAGAGAAAACUGAUAUUAAUCGUUACCGAUAAUUAGCUUUUAAGUACAGUGUUAUUAUAGUAACUCUAAUCAUUGCCAAGAGUUAUCAUAUAUAACAAUAUAUACGCGUAAUGUUGCCCAAGUUCCUUCGGUGCUAUGUUAUUUUCAACUAUUCAUAUCGAUUUGUAAAAAGAGAAGGGAAGAAAUCGAUAAAAAAAAAUAUUAAAAAACAU